GACAGUAGGCGACGGAUACCAACUAGAGAGGACGCCAACGAAGCCGAUGAAAUUGAGGAGGAGCCUGGACGUCAGGCUGCAAGAGACCGGUAUGAGCGACACUAUUGGGAGUCUCUAAUGGAAGAUGCGGUAUGGAUGUCUGCUUGCAAAGGCGUUUUCAUGACCAUUUACGUGCUGUGGUUACAGGAGCCUGUUGUUCCCCUAUCUCUUAAGCAUUCAAAAGCUUUGGCUACUCGCAGGACUGCUUCUGAUUACCUCCACACUGACGAUCCAAGGAUAAUGCCUCGGGUCAAAACUCCUCGCUAUGUGAAGAAACCCAAGGAGAAGAUUCAGGUGGUGUCGAAAUCGUUCAGGCCAGACUUGAAAUUUAUUGAUCAGCGCAGUCUGUUGAAGAGGUAUAAGGCUUCAGAGAGGAGGUUGGCUAAGCGGAGGGAGAAACGUGGCCUUACGUU